AUGUGUUGACUGCAUUGCUGUGGCAGGGCCCAACCAUGACUGUGGCAGCUGGAGCAGAGGGCACCUCGUCCGGUAACGACCUCACGGUCUUGGCCCCCACCUCGUCCAACGAGGUGCUGGUGGCGGCCGACGAGAGGUUCUACACGCAACCCAGCUGCAUUCCCCAUGGCCGGCCUGAACCCUCCCUGGUGCCAGCUACAGCACGCGAGAACAUCAGCGUGUCUGUGCUGCCUGCACCCCAAGAUGGCGACACCCGCGAGGGAUCCCGCGGGGCUGUGCCCGGGACCCCCUCCCCGGAUGAAGCCCGAGGCGCGGCGCGGGUCGCCGUGCCGGAGCUGACGGGAGCCGCGCAGGCGGCGGCGGGGCCGCUAAACCAACCACAACGCUGGGAGUACACUGGGGACCCAACCACGACUGUGGCGUGCGGAGCAGAGGGCACCUCGUUCGGCAACGACCUCACGGUCUUGGCCCCCACCUCGUCCAACGAGGUGCUGGCGGCGGCCGACGAGAGGCUCUGCUCCCAACCCAGCUGCCUUCCCCAUGGCCUGCCGGAACCCUCCCCGGUGCCAGCCACAGCACGAGAAAACAUCAGCGUGUCUGUGCUGCCUGCACCCAAGUUGGCGACCCCCGCGAGGGAUCCCGCGGGGCUGUGCCCGGGACCCCCUCCCCGGAUGAAGCCCGAGGCGCGGCGCGGGUCGCCGUGCCGGAGCUGACGGGAGCCGCGCAGGCGGCGGCGGGGCCGCGUCUGGGGGCGGAGCCUCAGGUGAGGGGGCGGGGCCCCGGGUGGCGGGCGGGGCGGGGCCCGCUGGCGCCACUCAGCCAAUCACAACGCUGGGAGUGCACGAGUGGGGGGAAUUGUUACAGGAAAAUGAUAGGCGACGUUUCAGAUAAUGGCCCUUCUGCAGAGCACAUCACAUCAAUUACAUAACGUCGCCUAUAUAAAAUUGCCCCAAAAGUCAAGACACAGAGUUACCGUAUUUAUUUGAACUAGUCACAGAGGAUGUUAUCAAAAUUAAUGAUAGUUAAAUUGUUAACUUUAAGAAUAAAUAAUGAGAACUAUGUAAUGUCAGUGUUAAGAUAAAUUAAGUAACCCUGUGUCUUAACUUUUGGGCCAACUUGUAUUUUGCACUCCUAUGAUGUUUGUGUUGUUCGUUGUUGUAACGUUCUUACCCGCCCCGACUGGACAUCUGUGAAAAAGAACUUUAUAGC